AUCAUAAGAUGGCAUUUCAAUUUUUGAAACAAAAACCAAAUCCACGACUUUGCCUUUAUACCCCAACCUCAAAUAACUGCUAGCCCUUUGAAUCACUUCAAGAAUCAAAAAAAUUAAUCCAAACUUUGGGUGUUUUUAAUCUAAAACAUAGCUUAAUUAGGCUUGUUUAUAUGGCAAAUUUCAACACCAAACUUAGAAAUUCAGAGCUUUAUUCUACUCUAGGAUUAUUAGAUAAGUUACCACUUGAAGAAGAAGAAUCAGAAAAACCUCCUCAAGUUGUGUUACUAAUAGCAUAUGUUCUUGAAAAGAACAUUCAAAAGAAUGACAAGUUGUUGAAGAAGUCGAAAACAAAAGACGGGGUGACUAUAUUUCACGGCUCCAAAGCGCCUACGUUGAACAUCCGGCAAUAUAUUGAACGAGUAUUCAAGUACUCGAAAUGCAGCCCGUCUUGCUUUGUUGUUGCGUACAUUUACAUGGAUAAGUUUAUUCGAGCUACAACUUGUUAUCUUACUUCCCUCAACGCUCACCGCCUUUUCAUUGCUUCUGUUAUGGUUGCUACCAAAUUUAUUGAAGACGUGACAUACAACAAUUCAUAUUAUGCCAAAGUUGGAGGAGUUAGCAUAGCAGAAAUGAACAAGCUAGAGUUGAAGCUUUUACGCAGCCUCAACUACAGGCUGCACGUCACAGUAGAGACGUUUGAUCAGUAUUGUCAACAGUUGGAGAAGACAGCAGGAUCUUGGAAUGAGAGAAGUUUCCAUAAAGAACGGGCAACGUAAACCUGUGGCUUAAAAGGUAGCUGGCUGAAGAAAGAUGAGUCUAAAUGUGCUCCGAAAUUUGCAGGAUAUACCUGCGGAGCCAUAUAGUUAAACCACUCCUACAUACUAAUAUCCCUCUAAGUAUGGGGAUCUUGAAGAUCUUAAUCUACACAGACAAACAAACAGUUGUCUAUUUCUUCAAAACCAAAUUUACAAUAGGUCUUCCUUCCAGUCUUUUUGACAAAAUUUGUUCAUGUUCUCAGUCAUGAAAUUCCGAUCAGUUAAUCUGGUUGUCAGGUCUAAAGAGAAUCUAUCAAGUGAUCUCUGUCAUUGAAGGAGACCCUUAAAGUUAAAUGUUAUUUUGAGUGAAGAUUGCGUCCGAUGAAUACAAAUCUAUAUUGCUACGACAAUACAACACACUGCUACUGGACAGUGCAAACAAUUUUUCAAGUA